CGCUAAAGUGUGAGAAUCCGGUUCGUAUUUUGCUCUGUGCCCGAGGGCGGGUGUGAGAGUGCCAGUCCUGCCAAAUGAGACACAAACGAGUGUGUGUUUAGAAACAACCGACAACUAAACUUGACACAGAAAAACUACGAGAAUGACCGAGCCAGAAGACAUUAGAUAAGGAAAAGGUAUUACAUUCGGUUGUUUAAGUCGACAUCUAAUUGCUUCUUCUCUUUCUUUUUCACGAUUGAAGUUCAAGUAGGAGAGUUUGACAGGUGCGACUCCAUCUGUUAAUUCGUCCUCGAGUGUCGGACAUUUAACUAACCUGGAGUCAGCAGCUUGAUAUAAAGUGCAUUACAGUACGUUUAUGUUUACCUUAUAUGUGGAAGUAGAUAUAACACUUGGCCUCAGUGAAAUGGUGUGAUCAGUGUGAGGUGUGCCUGUAAUGGAAGGGGAACCUUUCCUAGAUCUGUGUCACCUGACUGAGGUGGAGCAGACUGUAAUUCUCAGCGUUCUGCAGAGAGAUGCUGAUCUACGCAGCAAAGAGGAAGGGAGAAUACGGAAGCUUCAGCAGACGUUGUCAGACCCUGUCCGUCUGCGCUCUCUCUCGGGCGCGUGGUUUAAUGAAGAGCGUGCUAAGAGAUAUCAGAAGGGAGGAGCUGAUGUUGUUCAUGCCUCUAUACGCCGUAAGAGGCGUGAAAAAGAUAUACCUCUGACAGCAAUAUUUGCUGAAGAACAAGGUAACUGUUCUCAACCUCAUGAGAAGCAAGAGGAAGACGAAAGUACAGAGAGAGAAUUGCAGGAAAAUAUAAGUGUAAGAGAGGAUGACAACGGCCAGGAAGAGAAGGAAAGAGAAAAAGAAGAUGGGGAAAGCAUUCAUGUGGUUACCCCUGAACAACAAUCCAGGACAAGACACAUCACAAAGAAAAAUGCAGCAAAAGAAAAUAGUCUUAAAGGUAAAAUAAACUAUACUGAAAGUGUUGGAGAGUCUGAGGACAAAGAGAGGAGAAUUUUGCCGAGUACAUCACCGUCUCUACAGAUCGACUCAGAGGGGGACAUGGACUCCGGCAGCACUGAACUAGACUAUACUAGGUUUGGGUCAGUUAGCAGCUUGACCUCCCAUCAUAUGAUGAAUGGCAGUUUGAUGAGCCUGUACAGUGUGGGCGAUUUUGGGGAUGUUGUAGUAUCAGGGCGGAUCCAGUUCUCGUUGCAGUAUGACAUCAAGAAAGAGGAGCUUCAUGUGCACAUAAUACGCUGCCAAGAUCUUGCGUCGGCCCGUAAAAAUCGAUCGGACCCAUACGUUAAAGUUUACCUUCUCCCUGACAACACAUCCCGCAGUAAGAAAAAAACUGCAGUGAACAGGAAAACAUUAAAUCCAUUCUAUGAUGAAACCAUGAAAUACAGAGUGCGGAGACUGGACCUCCAGGCUCGUGUGCUGAGUAUGUCAGUCUGGCACAUGGAGAGAAUGAGGAGAAACCUCUUCCUGGGGGAGGUGGAAGUGAGGCUGGCUCAGUGGGACUGGAGCCAGAGCCAACCAACCUGGCACAACCUCCAGCCAAGAGUUAAGUUAAGUCCAGAUGACAUCAUCAGCAGAGGAACUAUUCUGUUCUCAAUUAAGUUUGUACCUCCAUGUUCAGAGGGAAGUGGUUGUCCACCGACUGGUGAGCUCCAUAUUUGGUUGAGGGAAAUUGUUGGUCUACUUCCCCCUAAACGUGGCGCACCUAGUACAUAUGUGAAAAGUGUGGUAUUACCAGAUGAGAGUGGUGUCAGUGGCCAGCAGACUCGGGUGAUGCGAGGAUCUGUCAACCCAGUGUUCAACCACACCAUGGUUUAUGACGGGUUUCAGUCUAGCGACCUUAUUCAGGCCUGUGCAGAGAUAACGGUCUGGAGUCCACAUCCCUCCAGCUGUCUGGGUGGAGUACGACUCAGCACUGGCUCAGGUGUGAGUUACGGUCAGGCUGUCUGCUGGAUGGACUCAACAGAAGAUGAGAUUAGUGUGUGGUCAAAUGUGAUUCAGAGCCCCAACAGCUGGGUGGACACUAGUCUACCAGUCAGAACCAAUUUACAGCUCUGUUCUGAUUGAAUUUUGUUUAACCUAUUCACCCUGUGACUUUGGUUGUGUAACAUUCUGGAAUACACUACACAACUUUUUCCCCAAUCUUUGACCCAGUUUGUAGUCUGGAUGGGUUGAAGCUAGUUGGCAUAAGUCAGAGUCAGUCUGCAACUUUUGGAUGUUGGAGUUGUAAUGAGAGUGUAGUAUGUAAUGAGCCCAAACUCUGGUUUUUAGCUUCAGACUAUGACUCCAUCCAGUUUGAGGAUAUCAAACAUGUUUUUAUAUUUUGAGCCAGUUUUAUAACACGGUGUAUGACGGUGUAUUUGAGCAGUGUAUGACAUGACCAUUCACCUCCAACCAUGGUAGCAAUCUCUAAAGGACAGAAAUGCGAUCACCCUCCUUUACAUAAAAUAGAGCAAAUUCUACAAGGGAAAAGGAAACAAAUGAAACCUUUUGCAUAGUGGAUUUGUUACAAAAUAGUCCUCACCCAUUUCUUUGAGUAUGUUGCCAAAUAAUAUGAUACAGUUUGGUUUACUUUGUUGUCAGGUUAAAUGUUUUUGCUAGAAUUUGCUAGUGUCAUGCAAAUCUAUAGGGGAAUGAGAAUUCAUUGUCAAACUUUAACUGUCCUCUUAAGAGAAUAAUGGUAUUUUCAACUUUCUGCAUGUGGUCUCAUUGUGACAUUGAAGGUCAAGCCACAAAUGUAACGAAAUACUAACUGUUGAUUAAAACCACACAGAUUUGUCUUUAAUUAAAUGCACAUUGCAUCAGUUUUUAUUUUACAAAUAUGUACAUCAGUAUAACAGUGAGAAAGAACAAGAGGAGCGUGAGAACUACUUUAUACAUGCUCAACGGUGAGGAAUAAUGACAAGCAUUGCAAUAUAGAAGUAGUAAACAAUCUCUGUCUGAUUUAAGAUAUGCAUGCUUUCUUUUUUUUACAUCUUCUUUCUCAGGUUUGUGCACUCUACGAAAAGAGCCGGUCUUUCAUUCAGCGUUGGUAUCAAUAAUUUCGUUGAUAGUUCAAAGGCAGAGCUGGCCAGGAUGACAGGAGGUUUACUGAUUCCAAAUAAGGAAAAGGAUGUUACAAAUUAGUCCUCGCACAUUUCUCUGAGUAUGGUCCUCUAAUUAGUGGUAUUUUCAGCUUUUUCUAAAUCAUAUUUUUAAUAAUUUAAUUUGAUUAAAUGGAGUAUCUGCAUCUUCAAGCUUAUUUUGGAAUCAUUUUCAAUUUACGGUUUGUUGCUGGUCUGUUUAUAAAGUUCUCAUUGUGAAACUGCUUGUCAAACUCCAAAUGUAAUAGAAUGCUGAUGAUUAAACUCUGAUAUUGUGUAA